AUGGGACGAAAAGGCAAGAAUAGGGACAAGACUCCGCCGAAACUGAGCCUCGAGGAGCUUCGCCGACUGAUGUUGCCGCCUGGGGGUGUGUUUCCGACGGAAUAUGGCUCUGUGGCCACGAGCUCUGGUGGUCGGAGCAAGGCUCUAGCAGCUACUGCUACGACUACGAGGUCUGCAAGUGUCGACCGCCAGGAUGCCGAGGCUGAGAAACAGCUGUCGAGCCCAUGCAAGAACAAAGAACGCAAUCAAGGAAAUAAAGAGAAUCAAGCGACUACAUGCGCGGACAGUCCCGAGAGAACUGGGGAGGAGGUCAGUGGUAUUUUACAGAGCGUAUGCUGUGAACCAUCUGAAUAUGCUGGGGGCCAGGCCGCGGGUGCAGCGGUGGGCGGCAGGAAACGGGUGCGUGACGAGGAAGAGGGGGCUGCGGUGGCUCGUGAGGGCAAGGGGAAGAGGGCGAGAGCGGAGGGACAGCUCGCCCUAGGGAGGGCCAGCACGUCUACAGUGGGCGUGUCUGCUCUGCUGGGUAGGCUGGGGAAAAAGUAG